AUGGGAGCAAAGGUAGGCGACCGCGCUCGCAUUGAUCAGCGCAGCGGAACGGUGGCUUAUGUUGGCCCUACCAAAUUUGCACCGGGUGAAUGGAUUGGUCUCAUACUUGAUGAGCCCACUGGAAAAAAUGAUGGCUCCGUUCAAGGAUAUCGAUAUUUCACUUGCAACCCUGAUCACGGGUUAUUUUGUAAAUCAAGCAAACUGGAGAGAAUUCUUCUUUCACCUUCACGAUACAAGUCACCUGCCCCUGGAGAGGGCGAACCAUUGAGUCCGUAUGCAGCUGAAUAUGGGUAUGAUAUAAAUGAUCGGGUAGUGGUUUCGGGUGGAAAGCAGGGUAUAGUAAGAUUUCUUGGUGAGACAGAAUUUGCCCAAGGAAUUUGGGCAGGUAUUGAACUCGAACAACCGCUAGGAAAGAAUGAUGGAAGUGUACAGGUUGGUAGUUGA